AUGGCCUCUGCUCAGUGUGUGAAACCCAAUACCACAGUUGAAGCUAGCCAACCAAAAUGCCCACAUAAACCAAACAAUACUGCAAGUGAAGUUGGCCAACCAAAAUGCCCACACAAAUCCAAUAAUGCUGCAAGUGAAGUUAACCAGCCAAAAUGCCCACACAAAACCAAUAACAGUGCAAGUGAAGCUUGCCAACCCAAACCCAAUAAUACUGCAAUUGAAGUUUGCCAACCCAAAAGCCAACACAGCUCGUUUGGCCAAAAAUUAUCUGAGAUAACAAGCAAGGCUUUCAAAGGGCACCAUGCUCGUCAUGGAAGCAACCAAAAUCAACUUCAAUGCUACAGCCAAACUCAGGUUGAAUCGCAAGGUCACAGUGGCAAAAAAACAGAGACUCACCACUAUGGCCAAAGUCAGAUCCAACAAGACAAAAAACAUGGGGUCUCUAAAACCCAGAUCACAGUUACCAUGGUUCAAGCACAAAUCACCCAUACCGACGAGGACUUUUAUCCCUAUGGUACCACAACAUCAUGCUUUGGGGCUCAUAGCAAGAAGAAUGGAGAGCUCAACAACAAUAAGAAGGAUACGAACUUGUUCCGGAGGAUUAAGAAUGGCAUGUCCCGCCAUAGCAACAAUGAAGGAGGCAAAAACAGCAGCAGCAGCAGCAGUGACAGUGAAAGUGAUGAUGAAAAGUGUAAAAAGUGUCCAAAGUCAAAGCCGCAAUCAUCAGCUGGAGUUUUCUUCACCGCAAAACAUCAGUUAGACUAUAGAAACAUGGUUUUAAAUUUUUCAUGCAAAAUCAAUAUUGCUCAAAAUGGUUUGGAUGAGCAUUAG